UUUUGGGUUUCUCUCCUUCCCGUUUUCUCGCAAUUUCUUCUUGUGCACCAUGAACCACCAACAUGCCAAUUCUAUUCUGGAUUCUUAUGAAUCCACCGAAAAUGCCCUAAUGGAUUCCUUCAAAGCAGCCGCUCUCAAAGUUACCAAUCUCUACAAAGAUUCUCUCGUUCAGAAUCGCAAAGCUUUUGCUGCAGGAUAUCAGCAGGCGCUUCAAGAUCUCUAUGAAUUCAUCAGUUCUCAUCCUGGCACCACUAUUCAAGGUGGUGGUUCGUUAUCUUCCACUCCUAUUGAACGAGGCAUCCUACCUGUUGAAGACCUUUUAAUGUACGCUCGCCAGAAAAACGCACAGCUGGCCACGGAAAUGGGGUUCCCUACCGAAGGUCAUGUUCCUCAUCCACAACAGCAACCCAUGAAUGACGUGCCUGCCAACCAACCAUCCUCAAUGUCGAACCAAACACCGAUCACGAACUCCUCGCAGAAAAACGAAAAUGCUACUUAUAACAACAUGGAUGUACAGGCCAAUCACGAUACACAGCCCAUGCUUUCAUCCACUCACGGUACGAGUCACUCUCAAUCUUUGCAUCACAACGCUACCUCCGCACCUGCACCGACCGCUGCAGCAGCAGUAAAGAACGCUUUUUACCCAUUCCAGAUAGACCCGAAUACGCAGUUUACUUUUACCGUUCCUCAUGAUGCCCCCCACUGGCGCUCUUCCUUUCCGCUUCAGCCAAAUACCAACUCGUGGAGUCCUGACAUGUAUACACAAGACGAUGACAAUGACCACUCUAAGCGACGUUAUGCACCUUCGGAACUGACAUUUAUGGGUCGAUCUCUCAAUAAUAUGAAUAUUGAUACUUGGGCUGAACCUCCGUUCAAAAGAGGACGAUCUAAAAGGGACACUUAACCUUGACGUCUUGAUGCCUCUGACGGCCUGAUCAUUCAAUCGGCAUUACCAAUCAUAUAGAAGAAAACAGCAAACGGACAUUAGACCAAAGCAACGAUAUCAUGGUUGGGUUAUUUUCACGGUUUAUCUUGGUUCAUCUGUACAGUAGAUUAUCUUUGGGUUAUAACAUGUUGUUGCUAUUUUCUCUGUUUGUUAAAAUUGCGCACAGACGCAUAUUUCAUAACAUUUAUUUUUAAAUUACUUUCCUUCAAUGUACUCAUCUUGCAUCCUAUAUUUUGUAUAAAAAGCCUAUGAUUCAACAUAUACAUUUAUUUCAGCACACGGGGCGUAUUUCUACAGUUUUGGUCGAUAUAUUAUUAAGAAAGUUGUUUCUAUUGCUCAAAAAGAAAAC